AUGACCUGGGCGCGGACGCGGCUGUCCACGCGGCUCAUGAACGUCUGCCUCGCGGCGCUCUGCCGCGGCGGCGGCCUCGCCCGGGCGGAGUCCGUCCUCGUCGACGCCAUCCGCCUCGGCAUGCCCCCCGACGUCGUCACCUACAACACCCUCCUCGCCGCGCACUGCCGCGCCUCGGGCCUCGACGCGGGGUUUUCCGUCCUGCGCCGGAUGCGGGAGGCCGGGGUGAGCCCCGACGCCGUCACCUACAACUCCCUCAUCGCCGGCGCCGCGCGGAGGGGGCUCACGAUGCGCGCCCUCGACCUGUUCGACGAAAUGCUCCAGGCGGGGGUCGCCCCCGACGCCUGGAGCUACAACGCGCUCAUGCACUGCUUGUUCCGGUCUGGCCACCCGGAGGAUGCCUACCGGGUGUUUGCCGAUAUGGCCGAGAAAGGCGUCGCGCCGUGCGCCACCACCUACAACACACUCCUGGACGGGCUCUUCAGGUUCGGUCACGCGAUCAACGCGUACAGGAUGUUCAGGUAUCUGCAGAGGACGGGGCUCCCGGUGGGCAUUGUGACUUACAACACGAUGAUCAAUGGGCUGUGCAAGUCAGGCAAGGUGGGGUACGCCCGCAUGGUCCUCAGGGAGCUUGGGAGGACCAAGCAUGCCCCGAACGUCGUCACUUACACGACGGUCAUGAAGUGCUGCUUUAAGUACGGCAGGUUUGAUCAGGGGCUGGAGACCUUCUUGUCAUUGCUGGACGGAGGGUACAUUCCAGAUCUCUUCCCAUACUGCACGGUGAUUAGUGCGUUAGUCAAGAAGGGACGGAUGGAAGAAGCCAAUACCUACAGUGAGCUAAUGAUACGGAGUGGGUUCAGGCUUGACAGUGCAUGCUAUAAUACGCUGAUUUACCUGCGAUGCCAGGAAGGGAAGCUGGAUGACGCGUUUGAGCUGCUGAGUAUGAUGGAAGAGGGUGGUCUGGAGAGUGAUGAGUACACAUUCUCAAUUUUGGUCAAUGGUUUGUGCAAGAUGGGACAUUUCGAGGCUGCACAUAAGCAGUUAUGUUACAUGGAGAUAAGGGACAUGGAUUCAAAUAUUGUUGCUUACAAUUGCUUGGUGGACGCACUCUGCAAAUCUGAUGAGGUGGAUGCAGCCAUCAAAUUACUUCACAACAUGAAGCUGAAGGAUGAUUUUACUUACACAUCACUAGUCCAUGGUCUAUGUAAGGUGGGUAGGUAUCAUAUGGCAUCCAAAUUCUUGCGGAUCUGCUUGCGUGAAGGGAACAGUGUUCUUGCAUCUGCAAAGCGUGCUGUCAUUGCUGGCCUUCGUAGUGCAGGGUUUCAGAAUGACGUGAGGAAAGUUCGGGCAGCGUUACGUAUGGCUAGGCUGUUAAACCAUAAUCCAAGUCCAAGGAAAACAGUCUUCAACUUCACUGGGUGGUCCUGCAGAAUCGAGAAGAUCAAUUGA